AGUGUGUACGUGUUAUGGAAUGCAGGCACAGACUGUCCUGCCCUGGGAAUGAAGAGAGAUCAGUCUGAUGAGAGAGGACCCCAGCGAGUGGUCUGUUUACAUAUGACAGGGUUAGCAUAGCAGCUAGUCUUUAGUUAUAGCCUAUAGUUAGCAUGUUGGCUGUUCUCUUUUUUUUAUUUAUUUCUGAUUGUUGAUCGUGUCGCGUGUGUGUGUGUGAGAGAGAGAGUUUGAGACUGUGUGUGUGUGUGUGAGAGAGAGAGAGAGUUUGAGACUGUGUGUGUGUGUGUGUGUAUGUGAGAGUGUGUGUGUUGGACCAUGAUUGGCUCCUCAGACAUCUUGGCUCUGGCUCGUGGUCAUGAGCAGUCGGACUCUAGGACCCAGCAGAGUAGCACGCUGCCCGAUCACCUCUCCCUCCCACCCCUGCCCCGCCCUUGGCAUCCUGGCCCCUCCCACAAUGACUCUGUGCUACUUUGUGAGUUCAGACAUGGCGCAAGUCCAGACGUGGAUCGGCCCAGGAUCGGAACUGCAAGUCCAGACGUGGAUCGGCCGGAGAUCCGGAUCGGAAGUGAGGUUGGGAUGGGAACUGGGGGGAUCCGGAUCGGAAGCGAGGUUGGCAUGGAAACGGGACUGGAGCCGCGACUGCUCUUCAUCACCCCAAAGCUCCGCCCAGAUCUGGACUUGGUGCUCCGCCUCCUGAAAGAUGGUUACCAGGCAACAAGGGGUGAAGGCUGGGACCAGAGUGACUCGUGGAUGUUGCUAGGCGACGCGUGGUCGGGCGUGUUUGUGUACGCGCACUACGUGACGCUGGUGAAUCCGCGGGCCCGCGGGAGGGUGUGGCCUUUUGCCAUGGCUCUGGUGUCACAUGACUCUGUGAAGCUGGUGAAGGAGAUACAGGAGCUCAACAAGGCCUUCAGCCAGCUCUCACACACACUCAAGACUAAACACACACCCACACACCCACACACACCCUUCAGCCAGCUCUCACACACACUCAAGACUAAACACACACCCACACACCCACACACACCCUUCAGCCAGCUCUCACACACACUCAAGACUCAACACACACACCCACUCCAUCACACAGACAGAGUGGUAGAAAACACACAUAGAGCGUUGCACACAGAGAUCGAGACUACAGGCAUAAACGACACACACACACACCUACACACCCAGUCACACACACACAUAGACAACAACCAGAGAGGAGGAAGGAGAGAAGAUGUGGAGGAGAGGAGAGAAGAUGUGGAGAUAAGAGAAGAUGUGGAGGAGAGGAGAGAAGAGAUGGAUAAGAGAGAAGAUGUGGAGGAGAGGAAUAGUCCAACUCUACCAGAAGGGGCGGAGUCUGCAGGAUUGGGGGCGGGGCCAGUGUCCAUGUCGGAGCUCUGUGAUUGGCUCCUCUCCCAGCAGACCCUGGACUCGCUCUGUGCCAUCCAGCUGCGUUUCCGGGAUGACGCCAGCCUCCUGGCCCACCAGCGAGAGUGCGCCAGUCUCUUGCCCCGCCUCUCCACCACCAACUUCCUGUUUGAGGACCUGCCCCCUCGGCAGCAGCACACGUCUCCCAGCAACCCUCUCCAUGAUGACGAUGUCGCCGACGUCUCCUGUGUGGAGGCAGUGCCAAUCAAGCUGGAGGUGAGCCAAUCACACGGCUCUCCCAGUGUCCAUGUGACCACCCUGCCCACACAGGAUGAGGAGGAUGGCGUCUCCAUGGAGACAGGCAGCAACAGCAGCGGCGACAGCAUCGAGGUUCUGGCCACGGAGCGCUCCCUUAGAGACGACCCCGUCGCCAUGGAGCGCUCCCUUAGAGAUGACCCCAUCGCCAUGGAGACCAGCUGGGUCCCCGCUGUCCAGCAGCCCGUUGCCUUGGCGACCAGGUGGGGAGCGCAGCGCACGGACAGCCAGGACAGCAGCAUCGAGGUGCUGAGCAGAGAUCACAGCUUCCUGUGGGAGGACUUCAGGCCCGCUGACGGCCUGCCGCACGGCCUCAUGGGAACUGUAGUCCAGGAGGAGGAGGAAGAGGAGGAGGAUUGGCAAGGGGACGUGAGAACUGUAGUCCAGGAAGAAGAGGACUUAGCAGGGAAUGUGGGCUCUUUCCAGGACAAUGCAGAGCAGCAGAGGUUCAUGGGUACUGUAGUCCAACACAAUGCAGAGCAGCAUGGGUUCAUGGGUACUGUAGUCCAAGAUAAUGCAGAGCAGCAGAGGUUCAUGGGUACUGUAGUCCAACACAAUGCAGAGCAGCAGAGGUUCAUGGGUACUGUAGUCCAACACAAUGCAGAGAAGCAGAGGUUCAUGGGUACUGUAGUCCAAGAUAAUGAAGAGCAGCAGAGGUUCAUUGGUACUGUAGUCCGAGAGUGUCGGUUUUCACUGUGCACACCAACAAAGCCGGAUCUACAUCUCCAUGAUGACAUAUCCCAGGAGGCGUGUCCGCUACAUCUCCAUGACGACAUGUCCCAGGAGGUGUGUCCGCUAGCCAGACUCCUCCCACUCUGCCCUAUUGGUCAAAAGGACAGAGACUGCGCCCUGCCCAGCUGUGCUUCCUGGCGUUGUGGGUGGAACAAGGGCAACGCUGCACUGGGAUUGGUGCGGAGCUGGGGGCACGCCCACCACGCCGUGUUCAGCCUUCUGAUUGGCCGACCACUGGUGGUGCUGGGAAGUGACGAGGAGAAGGUGCGGGGGCUCGUGCUCGCACUCGAGCUCUUCCUGCCCAACACACACACACGUGCACACACACACACCAACACACACACACACAGAGUGCUGCCCUGGUGUUCCAGACCCAUACAGAUCACCGACCUCCUGGAGUUUGGCAUCAUAGGACUCAACAGAAGGUCCUGCCAGUCCUCUCCCAGCAUGCCGUUGUGCCUGCAACGCUACGCUCGUUACCUCAGCAUUCUGGACGCCGAUCACAUGACCCUCCGAUGCCCCGCCUACCACGGCGCUGUGAUUGGUCCGCUGACCAAGCCCCAAUCACAGCUCAGAGAAGGCGGGACUUACGCUCUGCUGGUGCAGAGCGCUCUAACGCGAUUGGCUGCUCGAGCGUUCCAUCACGUGUUCACAGGCCAUGAGGCGGAGCCGUCUCCCAGGGCUACGGAUGACGUCAGGAUCCUGGAGUUCCUGUGUGACAUCAUCAAGCUGCGCCUCACACACCACACCCCCUCCAGUGUUCUCCGAUUCAGCUACCAGCCGUGCACACUUUUCAGAUAAACACACACACACACACACACUAUUCAGAUAAACACACACACACACACACACACUAUUUAAAUAAACACACACACACUUUUCAGAUA